GCCACCGCCAUCACCACCACUCUUAACUCUCAGAGACAAGCGGUUAGAGUGGCUAAACUGAUGGAUCUUCUUGCCAGCACUACGCACUGACAGGACAGGGGAUUGCGCAUGUGCAAGGUGAGGAAAUGAAAAUGAAUGCAGCCAAUACAUCUCAAGACAUAUUCUGAACAGGGAACAGCAUGGGUGGUUGAGAACUACACCAGUAAGUCAGUCUUGUGAGGAGGACAGAAGGCUUAGUUCUACCCUGGACCAGACCCCUGCUCUACCUACCACAGCAUCCAGAGCCCCCAUCUAGAAGCUUCCACCAUGACCGAGAAUGACUAUGGCAGCUUUGUGGACUGGAACCAGAUGGGGGACCUGGCCACCCCCAGCGGUCCCUCCAAGGUGGACUGCAAGGACCUAAAGGUGUUCAAGCAGAUGGCCAGAACGGGCCACUGGGCCAAGAACCACAACCUCCGUGCCCAGGUCUACCAGCAGCUCAUCAAGGCCAUCCCCUGUCGCACCGUCACCCCGGACGCCGAGGUGUACCGCGACCUGAUGGGCGACGCUCUCUCCAAGAAACCCUCCUCCACCAUCCCGCUGCCGGAGUUUGUGGACGGCAACCUGGUGCCGCACUACUCCCUCAAGGUGGAAGCCGUGGCCUCCGUGCAUCGGAUCAUUUCCUGUCUGGCCGGCCAGUUCCCAGACAUCUCUCACUGCCCCGCCCUGCCCGCCAUGACUGCGCUCCUGCUGCACUUCAGCGCCGACGAGGCCCAGUGUUUCGAGCACAUUAGCCGACUCCUGGCCUGCAACGAGCCUGGCCGCCGCUUAAUGGACCAGACCUUCCUGGCCUACGAGUCCAGCUGCAUGACCUUCGGCGACCUCGCCAACAAGUAUUGCCCGGCCGCCCACAAGCUAAUCGUCGCGACCGCCCAGGACGUUCUAGAGGUCUACUCUGACUGGCAGCGCUGGACUGGAGACCUGCCCUUCGCCCACGUGGCGCGAGUCCUGGAUGUGUUCCUGGUGGAGGGCUACAAGGUCCUGUACAGAGUGGCCCUGGCCCUGCUCAAGUUCUACCGUAAACAGAAGGCCGGGGCCCAGCCGGCCGGGGGCCAGGCGCAGGACUCAGCGGGGGUCCGGGACGACAUCCAGUCUUUCGUCAAGGGGAUCGGCUCCGUGGUGACCCCAGACAAGCUCCUGGAGAAGGCUUUCUCCAUCCGCCUGUUCAGCCGCAAGGAGAUCACCCUGCUCCAGCUGACCAAUGAGAAGUCUCUGCAGCAGAAGGGCAUCACCGUCAAACAGAAGAGGUCAGAUGGGCUCAUGGCUCAUGCUGUUCGGUGGUUUUGUGGAUAUGAUUUGCGUCAUCCUGAUGCUUUCCUUUGUACACACAGUGAUGUUGAAGUGCUUGGUUGUAUCGGGCAGAUUUGACUAGCC